UGGGAAACCAGUGGAGAAUCCCGGGUUCGCCCAAACCUGGGGUCGGGGCAACUGGGCGGCCGGCGGGUCCAGGGCGGGGAUGCACCGCCGCGGGGUGGGAGCCGGCGCCAUAGCCAAGAAGAAGCUUGCCGAGGUGAGGGAGAGGAAGGCCGACCCGCAGCCCACCCCGGCCAGGCGAGACACUGAAUUCAGUAUCCUCAAACCGCCUUCUGACAGAACCUAAGACAGGCUUCUUGGGCCCCAGGGAACUGAGUGUCUCCAGCUUCCGGCCAAGUAUAAGGAGAGAGGGACUGUCUUGGCUGAGGACCAGCUGGCCCAGAUGUCAAAGCAGUUGGAUAUGUUCAAGACCAACCUGGAGGAAUUUGCCAGCAAGCACAAACAGGAGAUCCGGAAGAAUCCUGAGUUCCGAGUACAGUUCCAGGACAUGUGUGCCACCAUUGGGGUGGAUCCCCUGGCCUCUGGAAAAGGAUUUUGGUCUGAGAUGCUGGGCGUAGGGGAUUUCUAUUACGAACUCGGUGUCCAGAUUAUCGAAGUAUGCCUGGCCCUCAAGCACCGGAAUGGAGGUCUGAUAACUCUAGAGGAACUACAUCAACAGGUGUUAAAAGGAAGGGGCAAGUUCGCCCAGGAUGUUAGCCAAGACGACCUGAUCAGGGCCAUCAAGAAACUAAAGGCACUUGGCACUGGCUUCGGCAUCAUCCCUGUGGGUGGCACUUACCUCAUUCAGUCUGUUCCAGCUGAGCUUAAUAUGGAUCACACGGUGGUGCUGCAGCUGGCAGAGAAAAAUGGCUACGUGACUGUCAGUGAAAUCAAAGCCAGUCUUAAAUGGGAGACAGAGCGGGCGCGCCAAGUGCUGGAACACCUGCUGAAGGAGGGGUUAGCCUGGCUGGACCUGCAGGCCCCAGGGGAGGCCCACUACUGGCUGCCAGCGCUCUUCACUGACCUCUACUCCCAGGAGAUUACAGCUGAGGAGGCCAGAGAAGCCCUCUCCUGACUCUGGAGUGUGGAAGGGGGCAUAGCAGCAGCAGGAAGAGGGAGGAGCCAUUGGUAGAAUAAAACCUGAAGAAUUUUGUUUAAAAAAAA